GCUCAUUGCGCGUCCAAACAUCACGGCGUGCAGUUCGCCACUUCGGUUCAACUGCCUUCUCCAACUUCUUUAUUUCACUCCGCUUCAUUUCGUACAGUUCAGCUCGUUGAUUUGGCCACUAACGAUGUUUGUCGGCUGUGCGCGUAAGACCGCGUAAUUCAAGUGUCAACGUCGCUUCAAAAAUUUGUAUUACUACUUCGUUGCGGUGCUGUUUAAAGACGCUUUAAUGCGCGAAAUUGUUUCAUUUUAGAUUACUUGACGGUGUAUUUAUUGUUUUGUUAUUUUUUUAUUGUGAAAAACAAAAAGCAAUUAACAAAGAUUGUGUAUACCAAUAAAGGCAGUGAAUGGCGAUACGAGUGACUUCAUUAAGUGAUCAUUACAAAGUAAUAAAAUUAAUUGAACUGGAAUAAUAAUUUCAACACGAAAUUAAAUCAGCAACGGGUUACAUUUUUUUAUAAGAAACCCCACUACAAAUAGUGACUUAUUGUUAAGCAAAAACAAAAAAAAACAAAAAAGUGAUCUACAGUGAUCUGUAAAGUACGCAUUGACAAGCAGAAAAUUACAACAAAUCAAAUUGAGGUGAUCCCUUUUUUCUGCUUGAAGUGAAAUUGUGUGAAACAACGCGUGAUUAAAUUCUUCAGCGACGUACUCGUACAUUAAUUGCAUUGCUUCGAAAAAGUUUGCAUUUGCAUUUGCAUUUUUCAUUCAAAGCAAAAGCGUCCAUCACGUGAAAAUGGCCGCCACAAUGCAACAUGCUGCACCACCACCACCACCAGCGUCCACGCCUGCCUCAUCUGCUGCAACGGCGAAUGGCGCAACAAAUCCCCAACUGAAACGCAUUGUCUACUCGAAAUAUCGCGAACUCUUGGGCUCAUACAAUGGCAAGGCGAAUGCAAUUAUCGAAACGCUGCCUGCGUAUAUGGUGCGGGAGGAUCGCGGCUUUCAUUGUGAGCCCAACAGCACAGCAACCGCAGCAGCAGCAAAAACAAUCAUAUCGCUACCAGCAACUGCUCAGCCAACACGCCGACUAGCAACAGAAACAGCAAGAACAACAACAUUGAUUACACCACCAGCAGGAGCAGCACCUACAAAUGGAGACUGCACAGCGGCUGCGCUGUUGCGCCAAGUUGCUGCUGCGGCGGCGGCAGCUGCAGCGGCACAGGGUGAACGUGUGAGCGAAUUGUAUGGCGGCUCCGCAGCUCAAGGGGGCUACGAGGCGCCCGCUUGCGUCCAGAAUGCUAUGGUGACAAAAGACAAGAAACCCUUUACAUACACACCGGGCGGCAUUGAUCUCUCACAAAUCAAGUCGGAACGCAUGGCCAAGCGUUUGGCACGCAACGCCCAAGCCGAGGGCGCAACUGGUGCUUCACAGCUCAACAGGCCGGUACAGCCACAGUCGCCGGGUAGUGGCAAUGCUGCCUCUCAAAUUGGUGCUGCCGGCAUGGGUAUGCCCUUCCAGGUGCUGCCACCGCCACCACCACCAGCGCCAGCUACAGCAGCGGGUAAGAAAUUGAAUGGCACAUCGGCACCGCCACCACCACCACCACCCAGCUCCUUCUCCACAUUAGCACCACCACAGAAUGGCGCUGGGCCGGGUAGUGCGCCCGGUUCGCCGAACGCGCAACGCAAGUCGCCCACACCGCAACGUUUCGAACCGCCACCAAUGGGAUUCCGACCGGAAAUCAAGAUUCCGCCAAAUCCAAUGGCGGCUUUGCGCAAAGUACCACCACCGGUGGAGAAGAAUUUCUUCUGGAAGGAUGAGUAUGUGCGCGAUCGUUCUAAGAGUCCUAUGGUGGGUGAGAAUGACAGAGCUACCUCACCGAAUAACGGCAAUGGCGCGGCUGCCAAUGUUGGCUCCGCUGCCAACGACGGUUAUGGUGAGCAUGCGCACGUCAGUCUGAACAGCAACAACAACAAUGUGAAUAACAACGAUGUCAACGAAAAUGUCGAUGGUUACAAAAAACCUGCAACGACUAACCAAAAACCUGAACUGAACUAUAGCAGCAACAACUCCACUCAAUCACCGCAACAACAGCAACCCACACCAACUCAGUCCACGUACUCACCAACCUAUCAAUCGCUGCAGCAACAACAGCAGCCGCAAUACAACAGCAAUGCCACGCCCCCGUUGUCGGCUUCGACUCCACCGCAACCACAGCAGCAGCAACAAUCGCCACGGCCUGAGUUCCGUAGCGUCGCCCCACCGCAAUCGCCGGCUGUAAACGUCUAUACACGGCAAACGGAUAGUCCACGCGCUGAUGCUGGCAUUCAGCCGCAACGCGCCACGGAAAGUCCCUUCAGAUAUGGCGGGCAACAGCAACAGCCACAACAGCGUGCUGCGCCAGCUAUAUCACCGCUGGUACAACAGCCACAGCAACAAUCGCCGAAGUCGUUUACGUCGUCACCAACAGCAGCAGCAGUAGCAGGAGCACAAUCAGCAGCAACCAACAAUUCUCCCAACUCACAGCCAUCGGCACAAACUGUGCCGUGGCGCACUCAACGUACUCCAACGCAACAACAACAACAGCCACAAUCAUCAGUGAUAUACAACAAUGUCUCGCCACAGCAACAGCAACCACUCACUCAACAAGCUCCAGCAUAUCAGGGUCCAAAGCCGACCAAUGUCGGCUCCCUGUACAUUGCACCAUUGGCGGCCCCCGCUGAACCGCAAGCACCCGGUGUUGUGCGCCAAUUUCAGCAACAACAACAGCAGCAACAACAGCGCGAAUCACCAGUACGUCAAAUACCGCAACAACAGGCACCACCGCAACAACAACAAUCGCAGCCAAUGCGCUCAACCGUACCCUGGAUGAGCAGCAAACCAAAGAUGAGUGAGCAACCGGAAUGGGUGCGUCCAGAAGAGAAUGGCAAUGUGGUGCCCUCAUCAUUGCAUCGCAUCAAAUCGCCACCACCACCAGCCACAAUGGCAGCACAACAGUCACAACAGCAUCAACAACAGCAACCAACACAUCAUCAACAACAACAGCAACCAACAUAUCAACAACAGCAACCACAAUCGCAACUAUAUGGCUACCCAACCGAGCAGGCUAAUAGUGGCUUUGCUACAGCAACGCCCACAAAUUAUGGUAGUCACGGCGUCGGCAACACUGGACUGCGUUUGCAAAUCAACGCCAAUCCCAUUAGUGCGCCUACUCAACAAACUGGUCCAAGGGAACGCAUUAUACCCAUACAACUGGAGCAAACACCAACCAAUGCAUCACAACAGCCGAACUUCAAUGUUAGCUAUGGUGGCGUUGUAACUGCACCGGGUAGCUAUGUGGUGCGUUCGCCCAAUCAAUUUGUUGAUCAAGGCUACAACAACUAUCCACCCUCGGCUGGCGCACAGCAACGUGGCGUGUCGCCCACCCAACAACUGAAUGCACCACGCAUUGUACAACAACAACAGCAAUAUGCAAACAACAAUGCUGGUGCAGGCGCUAACCGUUCACGCAUUAUACCCAUCGCUAUGGAGAGUGGCGGUGAGGGCACACGUGGGCCGAUUUCGCCAUCGCCAAUCGUUUUGCAAAACAACUCGCCCACUUCUUCUAGCGAUCCACGCUCGUCACCCAUACAAUCGAAAUCCUUUAGAAUUUUGCAAAAAAUUACUGACACCAUUGACGACGGUAAUGGCGAUGAUAAGAGAGCGGAAAGCACUUUGGAUGCGGAGCCACAAUUACAACGACCCCAAUAUGCGAGACAAAUGAGCGCCCAACAGGCGCGCCAACAACCGAAUGUGGAACAAAUGCGGCGCAUGCAUAUCACACCCGACCCACAGCAACAGCAGCAGUCACAAACGCCACAGGCAUGGAAUCAAGGUAAAGCUUUAAAAAGCACUCAACUACACACCAUUUACAACAAUUUCAAUGACAUGCCACAACCAUACGUUCAUCCCAGUGAACAACAAGUACCCGAACCGAAAAAAUAUACCGGCAGCGCAAUACCAAGUCGAUCAUUUAAGAUAUUGCAAGCGAUGACAACACCGGAAAAUGCUGCCGAGUUGGCAGCCUCCGAUUGUGUUGAAUUGAACGAAAAUCCUUUGCAAGCUAAUGAGAACCAUAGCAAAAUAACUGACACUAAAAAAUCUAUAGAAAAUAAUGUUAAUAAAUAUGAUGAGGACACAUCCGAAAUUACCAACACAUCUACACCAUAUAUGCCUUGCACCACCUCAUCCUCAUCCUCCAUUUCAUCGUUAAGUUCCGACUCUUGUUCUCAUUACAUACCCAAACAUCCCUAUCCCGCAUACGGUUAUCCAUAUCCUUAUCCCUGGUAUCCACCACCCCCCAUGCCAUCCGCCAACGGUGAGGCUUUCCCACCUUGGCCCUACGCCUAUCAUAUGCCACCACCGCCUACUAACAAUGAUCUUACCGGCAAUGCCGCUUAUCCAACCCAUCCACCGCCGCCAUAUCCAUAUUACUAUCCCUUUUAUCCUCCAAACCCGUCAGCAACUCAAACCACAUCACCCGCAUAUCCAUACAUGCAUCCUCCGCCGCCACAAAACAUAAAUGAAUUUGAUUCGCAAAAUGUCAAAUACGACUCAAAUGCGUCCGCGUACCCUGCUUAUAUGCCGCCAUAUCCAUAUCCCUACCCGGUAGCGCCUAGCUAUAGUCAGAGUACGUCAUCGAGUCGCGCCAGCAGCAUACUGCCCGACAUCAUCGUUACGCCCAGCACGGAUGAUAUGCCGUCGCAAGUUAUACUACAGCACCAUAUUAAAGUGGAGAAAAGUAAGCCGCCGGAACGCAACGAUGCCGUGGAAAUUAAGGAGAUCGCAACUAGCGGCAAUGCAUUAAAAGCGAAUGCCAUGCGACGCGCACAACGUGAGGGUUCCGUAAUCGACAUUUUGACACAACGUUUAGAAGAUAUGUCCAAAGUGGUCGAGCAUAAUCUAAAUAUGAGCAAAGAUGUGGAAAAGAACUAUGCAGGCGAGCGUGACAAGGAAUUCGGCGAAAAGUCACCAACGGACAAUGCGUCGCCUGUGCCUGCACAAAUCGUCACCUUAGCUUCGGAAACAGAAGUAAGUUCUGAUGGCGCAAGCAGCAGCGACGAAGAAGAAGAUUCUGAUGAGACACCCAAAUGUGUUGAGACAACCGGUUUGCAGGCUAUAAAAUCUGUGACCAAUAUACAGGUCUAUAAGAAUCGCCAGUCGCACAUAAUUGAGACAGAUGAUGAAGAUGACGUAACCACAGCGGAUGGUGAAAGCGACAUAUUCGAUGAAGAAGACAAUGAAGAGGUUGUCGAGGAACUUGAGCUGGAUGAGUGUAUUGAGGAAAAUGACGACAUGGACUAUGAUAAUUUGAGUGUUAUCUAUGAAGAGGACAGCGAUUUGGAACGUAGUAGUGACAAACCGAAUACGAUCAUUUGUCGUGAAGGUUCUAGUGUCAGCGAUGCAACAACUGUCGAGAAAGAAGCCCACGUUGAGCAGCAGAUCGAAGAGAAUGACAACAAUGACGAUGAAGAAGAAGACUCGACGUCGGUUACGGUACGAUUGCCGCUUAAGUUCUCGUUUAACGAUGAGAAUGUGGCCACUGUAGAGGUGGGAAAAUCGCAAAUUGAGGAGAAACGUCACAGCAUUUCAUCGGAAGGAAGACGCAAUUCUUUCGUUGUGGCGGACCUCAAACACGACUCCGACGAUGAAACAGUAGAGGCACAAGAGUACGAUGAUGAUUUUGAAGUUAGUGUUACCAUCAGUUUGAGUGGUUCUUCACGUUCCGGUUCAAUGGAACGCAAGCCGGAUAAACGUCGCGUAUCAGCGGCAUAUCCCAUUGAAGAAAUACCUACACCGGAACCGGUAUGCGAUAUUGUGGGAUCGAGCAGCGAAGACGUAUCGGUGUCAUUUUCAUUGAAUAUGCGUAAUAAAUUUAUGGACCAGACGGUUAAGAACGAUGUGAUUAAUAAUAUAGCGGAAGUCAAAAAAGAGCUGGAAAAUGAUAGUAAAAUGGCAGUGGUAAAAGAACCAGCUAAGAGCAAAAAUGACAUAUGUGAGGUUAAGGAAACAGUAACACAAGUGGUGCCCUCGGACGACUUGGACUUCUUUGCCACCCUGCGCGCAACCAAGCUACAAGCACAGAAAAUGUUGGAGCAAUCGGCAAACUAUUGGGGCAAAUCAGUGGAAAAACAACAACCAACAACGGAAAGCGUAAAAGAGGAAACUCCCAUAGCCGCCAAAGUUCAAGCAGAUGAAACAGAAGUUGAAGAUAUUUGGGCUGGUAGAGAUGAGGAUGACUUACCGCUACCGGUGCCUAAAUUAAAACUACCAGGCGCACUAGCUGAUGCCAAGGACGACUUUUGGUCGACGUUUACGGCAGCAACCAAGAAAACACAUGAACAAAUCGACGAAGAUGUUAUAGUUGUAGAAAAAGCAGAAAAAUCAAACAGAGCUAGGUCAGAGACCGUAGCCACAGUUGUGGCAGAAGUGGAAGAUGCAGAGGAGGAAGUCGACUUCUGGGCUGAAAUAGAAAAGUCCAAACAGAAUUCCAAACCUACUGCGGAAACAAAGACCAAAUCCAGCGAAAUGCUGCGCAAAGUUAUAAAUGAGGUUACCUAUGGACCAAAAGCAAUGAAAUCAGCAACAGAAGUAAUGUCAACGGUACUACGAGCCGAGGUUUCUACAGCAGUUGACGAAAAGUUGGAAGUAGAGACCAGUGAGAGCGAGGAGGACAAUUCUGAGGAACACGAAGAAGUAGUGCGGGAAGAAGCGAAUAUUGUAGAAACAACAACAGACCAAAAAGUUGAAGAAAAGGAGCAGGAGGAAGAAGUAGAAGAAGACUUCUGGGCAUCUGUUGAAAAGGUUAAAGCUUCAAUGGCUACAGCCAAGCAAACCACACCAAGCACCAAAGAAAAUGUGCACGUUGAGGAGGAAAUCGACUACUGGGCUAACAUCGACAGGAGCAAGCAAACUGCAGAGAAAACUCCAACUACUUAUGACCCUACACUCUACCCGGAAGAGCCACGCGAAGUUGAUACCGAUGAAGAAAUAGAUUUCUGGGCAGAAAUCGAGGCCAAAAAGAAUCAUACAGAUGAUGUCAAUUUCUAUAACGCUGCAUCAUUCUGGGCCAAACAGGAACGCCAUAAUUCCAUCGAUGAGACACCUUACACAAAGGUUGUGCCCAAAUCCUUCGCAGCCACUUUGCCCGAUGAGCCAACUGUUGACUUAGGACUUUGGGCAUCAUUAGAAGCUGCGAAAGGAGCUGAGCCCGAAUAUAUUGACCCAGUCGUGGAGGAAGAGAAGAGACUGGCUGCACAGUUCAAUGAAAUACCAGUAGAGGAAGAGGAAACGGAAGCGGAAACGGAAACUUGGGAGGUGGCCUCUUUGCAUGAACCGGUUGUGGCAAAUGUGUGGGAGCCGCCUAUGGAGAUGAAUGAGUUUAGUAAACCCUACCAAGACUUGGAGCAGUGGAUACACAACGACGAUAAUGAAGAAACCAUGGCCACUGUGGUGGCAGACAAUACAAAAAUCAAGACCACAGACGAUGCAGAAGAGGCAAACGUAAAACGUAAUAAUUACCGCAAAGCAAUGGCUUUUUUCACUACCUCCAUUGAUGAGCAGAAGGAAGCAAGCGCUGAGCGGCAAGUGAGAAGAGGACGUUCCUCCAACAGGAACUCGCUCAUUGAGAGCGGAAACAUGAAAACAAAUGAACAAGAAAACAUAGAAAAUGCAGUUAAUAAUUACUACACAACAACCGUUACACAAAGUGCGACCACAGGUAAAAGUCUUGGCGUUGGCAACAUUUCUAAAAAAUCAAGCCUUGAAAAAGUUACACCCAGCACAGUAAGAGGUAAAAGCGUUGACGUCGAUAUGGCGCAUAACAAAGCAAACACUGAAAUCCCGGCCUUGCACACAGAACCCACUGAUGCCAAUGCAGAACGCAGCGCCACACCCACAAAUUUCGAGCAGAAUUUACCUGAGGUGUAUGUUGAACCCAUUGUGGAAAAGAAACUAUCACCCAACGGCUUACCCGACUUAGGACUUAAGAAAGAAGAAAAUAAAAUCUCAGUGCGUGAUAGAAUUUCCGCCUUCGAAACUGGUGCUGUGGAAACACCUGUAUCGAAAAAAUCCGAUAUAAAUAUACACUCACUCUCGGUCGAGAGGUGCACACCAAAAGGCACGCUUUCACGCAACAGUUCCCAACGUUCCGAAUCCGAAAUGGAGGAAGAUGAUUCUGGCGUUACCGAUAUGAACAAACCACUCUCAGAAACCGACACCGAGUCGGAAAGCUUCCCCGAGCUACGUAAAAUGAGUAGCUACCAACGUGCCGCCACACAUUCCAGACUCUUCAAAUUGCUGCAGGACGACAACGACCCACUCGAUGACGAUAAGUUAAGUAGAGAGCUCGCCGAUGAGCUACAAUUCAAGCCCAGUCGACGCAAGAUCGUGCACAAUGUAUCGAUUACACGUCGCCAAAACCCGAAUGCACUCGUCGAGGCCGAGACUUUGUCACAAAGACGCGAACGGCUCUCGCUGCCAUUGCGUAAAAACACAAGCAUAGACGCUGACAAUCCCUCGACGCCCAAUAGUCCGGCCUCGCCCAUCAUGGGACAGCCGGCAAAUAGUCGCAGCGUAAGUGAUAAGCUAGUCAACGAGCUGGUGCAAAGUUUGCUGCUAAAGCGCGACAGCAGUCAUUUGCGUCAAAUGCCCAUGGAAAAGCUGCAGGCAGCUGCCAAACGCGUGCUCGAAGAAGAGUUGGACUCACUGGAAAACACAUCCGUGGAGACUACCCCAGCGCCCACACCAAGCGACAUGAAAGCGGACAAAAGCUAUGCCGACUAUUAUGACACGUGGUCGAAGGCGAAUGGUAGAACUGAUACCUUACCACCGCCGAAAGCGUAUCGCGCAGCGACAGAUGCAACGCGACGCAGCCCCUGGUCGGUGCGGUGUCCACGCGUGCUCAGCUCGAAGACGAUAAACAGCGAUUUGGCGCGCGUAACAGAGUCGCCCGAGAUCUUCACACGAAAUAGCAAAAGUCCGGACUAUUUGUCGCAAUCGCGCGAGGGUUCGGUGAGUCGUUGGCGCAAAGUCUAGCACGGCCAAGGGUCAAGGGUAGGCGGCACAUAAGAAUGAGCGGUGCCAAAAAGGGGAGGGGGACAAAUAAAUACUUAAGAACAUUAGGAGUUUAGGUUUUAAUUUUAGGAACAGAAAAAAUGGUGAUGCAAAUUAAAAACUUGAAAUACUUGUAAAUUAUGAAACACUAAUGAAGAAGAUUGCGAAGUGCAUGGACCACCAAGAAAAAGCAAAAACAAAAAAAUUUGGUCUGACGCAACAGCUGAGCUGUAGGCGACACACGCAUAUAAACGGAAGAGAUUCAUAGAACAACAACACUGCCUUUUUGUACUCAAUUAAUAAAAAACACGCAAAAAAAAAAUAUAUAUGAAAAAUUCAUAGAGAAGAAGGCGUAUAAAAUGCGUUCAUCUUUUCGUAUGCUGUAAAUAAAAUUAAUUUAAAAAAUUAAGCAUAAUUAAUGAGAAAGUUGAAGUUCAUCUAAUUCUUAUUUAAACACAAAUUUCUUUUGUAAAAAAAACAACGCACACUUCGCCAGCCAGAUUUUGCAUUUUGACGAAUCAUUCAUUUUUGUAAAAUAACGCAAUUUUAACAAUAAAACCACCACAUAAAUCAUGCACACAAAAGAAACCAAAAAAAAAAUAAUUCUGCUAAAUAACCGUGUAAGAAUAGAUAACCGAAAACAAACAUAAAAAAUUGUAAAAUAUGCAAAAUUUCGAAAAAAGAGAAAAACUGAACAAAAAACGCACCAUCACUCGUCGAAAAUAAUAUCUACAAAGAAAAAUCGUUCAUUCGUUCGUUCGAUCGUUCGUUACCUCAGUGCAUACAUACAUACAAACAUGCAUAUAAAAUCAUUAACUAUUUGUAUGUAAAUAUG